GGUACACAAGUGUUUUUGGACGAUUUGAAUUUUGCUAACUUGAGCAGUGAAGCGGAGAUGCAGGAGGCCGACAACUAUAUGAAACGCCUUGAAGACUGCGAACUUCAAGUGUUUCAUAUCUCCAUUCGUGGUUUGCAGAUGAAUGUACCAGUACCACCGUAUUUGUGUGCGCCACCUCCGACCUUCUGUGGUAACGCUUCAAGUUUGAUGAUCACUCUGGCGGACUGCGUUAUUUUGGUGGGCACUGCUUUGUUGUUUCUGCCAACCCAAUCAUGA